GUCGAGCUAAUCGUUAACGCAGUGAGUGCGUCGCGCCGUUCCAAUGCAUGUCGAAAUCGCAAGUGUGUCGUCGUGCUGUAAAAUUACCUAGUUUAAUGAGGGGAGAGUCGCAAUUGGUAAUUUUCGUAAGCUCGUGAGGAGUGUACCGCGAGCUUCGCCCCUCCGCCGAGCGCCCAUUGAGUGGCGAGUAGUCGCGCGCUGGCAGCAGCGACGCACGCGCGCGCCCUUACAGCCUGCUUCACGCUUCGGAAUCCUUGCGCUUCUCGUUUGCAAUGACCGGUCCGAAACACGAACCUCCGCGAUCGUUCCGUGUUCACAGAGUGUUUGCUCACCAGUGAUUUCAUUGAUCGGUGCUUUUGAGUGAGUGACGCUGGGAAUGUACGAGAAGUCGCACACGACGAGCUCACAAUGCCCCAAAUUGCAUUAAAUGGAUGCUGCUACUACAAGAAAAUCAAUGUACUGUGAUAAACGAUGUAUGAUACGACUACGACGAACAUUUUAAAAGUGACGUGAUAUAAGACAUAAGCAAAAUGAAAAACAGCGAGGAGUGUUUAGACUGAUCAAUGGACGUUGUGCCGAAACUGUGUGAUAUUUAUUGAUCUUAUUUAAAAAAUUAAGUUAGUUUAAACGAAACUGUAAAUACAUACAAAAUAAUAUCGACGAGAUAGUCGCUGGAUGUGAACAGGACUUUAACCAGCGGCAAAACAUAGUGGAGGCAUCGGCUAUCGCAGGCAUGGGAAUCAAAGUCAUGAUGAAAGCUUUCAAUAAGCCAAAAGACAUCCCAUCGCAGGUGCCGCCACUGACCCCGGGCACCAACAAGAAGAUGGCCGAGGCGCUGAAGGCCACCUUCGCCUCCUGGGAGAAGGAGCAGCUGCGCCUCGGCGUGCCAAAAGAUCCAAGACAGUGGAGCGAAGCAGCAGUAACGGCGUGGCUGCGUUGGGCGGCUCGAGAGUUCUCAUUAGAGGGUGUCGCCCUUCAACAGUUCGCGCGAGCUCAGGGCAAGGACAUCUGUGCGAUGGGCCGCGAGGAGUUCGUGGCCAGAGCGCCGGCAUUCAUGGGAGACAUACUUUGGGAACAUCUAGAGAUCUUACAAAAAGACGUAGAAAAAGAAAGGUCGCUGCUCGCCAACGUGCCGCCCAACAUGUACGAGAGCAACGUGUGCCUCCCAGAGCUGCCGGAGUACAUCCCACCGCCGGCACACCACUACAACAACAACAACAAUACGGGAGGUUAUACUACGGGCGGUCCUCGUGACACCAAUGCAUAUGGUUACACGGAAUCGAGCGGCGGCGCUGCACCCCCUCCCGCGCCCGCGGCCUCCUCCCCUUUAGACGAGUACUACCAGCCGGAGUAUCCGCCGGCGCCCGCGCCCACAGCACAGCCCUACCUCGAGGAAUAUUACCACCACGCGCAUGCGCACACGCAGCCUCUACUCACACACGAACCGAAGUACCAACCACAUGCAUAUACGAAGCCGUAUCCCAGAGGUGCCGGUGGAAGGUACGGUGAAGGUUACGGCGAGAGCUACACGCCAGAGUACGGCGGCGCAUGCGCUGAGUGGAACGAGUGGCCCGCCGAGCAACACGCGCUCAUACCGCAGGACAAGCUCCCCUACCCCGCCUCCGGACCUUGUUUUACUGGUUCAGGGCCUAUACAGCUGUGGCAGUUCUUGCUUGAGCUUCUCACCGACAAGAACUGUCAGGGAUUCAUCUCCUGGACAGGAGACGGAUGGGAAUUCAAACUCACCGACCCGGAUGAGGUGGCCAGACGCUGGGGCAUCCGCAAGAACAAGCCCAAGAUGAACUACGAGAAACUAUCUCGAGGUCUCCGGUACUACUACGAUAAGAACAUCAUCCACAAGACGGCCGGAAAACGAUAUGUCUACCGCUUCGUGUGCGAUCUGCAAAGCCUGCUCGGAAUAUCUCCGGAGCAGCUUCACGCGAUGUACGAACCCAAAAUGGAGAAGAAAGACGACGAUUGAAGGCUCCGUAGCGGCUCGCUCUUGCUGCGAUCCCUCACGACCCCCCGUCGAUAAACUAGAUAGUAUUCAAAAUUAUACCCUUUGUCAAACAUAUUAAGAUACGUUUUUAAAUAAAUAUAAAGAAUAUCCGAAACGGUAUUUUUGAAAUCCUUUUAUAUUCAACAGUAACAUUAGAUACACAACUCACCAUAUUUUUACUUUAAUAUAGUGUAGUAACGUAACAUUUUUGGAUUUGAUCUCAUGCAGUCACAAAAGAAAUUAUUAACACACUAAUCAAAUUUAUGAUAAGCGACAUCACCGUGUGAAACUUUGAACCCUUUGAUUUGUGAAUACCAUCAUUUUAACCAACGGUGCCUUAUUAUAUGACAAACGCUUUUGAGUUUUGGGUUGACUACAAAAAGUUUAUUUAUUUAAUACACGCCAAAUUUCCUAAACUAACCUAUCAAUAUUUUACAAAAAUCUGAAUAAUAUCUACGCAUAACGUCGGACUAUGAAAAUGAAAACCUAGUGCUAAAAAUAGUUAAAUUCUGCUAUUAUUUUAAUUAUAAUUGUAAAUAUAAGUUAAUUUUGUUACUUUUUAAAGUUAAUUAGGUAUUUUAUUAUAUGAUACAAAUAGAUUGUAAGUGUUGUAUGUUUGAGUCGCUGAAUGCGCAUGCAGUAGUCAGAAUGAGAGACAUUAAACAAUUUGUUUUUUUUUUAAAUACAGAAAAUUGAGUCCAAAGAUUUUUAAAUCUAAAUUCCCACCAAUUGGUAAACAAAACAAAAUUACCAAUGGGACUUCUCGUAUGUCUAGUUCUAUAUUACUGAAAUCAUGUAAAAAUCAAAUAAAAUAUGUUAAAUGAACGAAACUAGACAUCGCGAAAUUUCUUUAAACUUUUCCAGUAAAAAAAUUAAUACCAGGUGACGUGAACAAGUCGCUGAUCUCGUGGUAAGGGAUUACGUAAUGUCUUACUAGUUAUGAAAUUAUAUUAGUUGUAUUAUUUUCAAUUUUUAUAGCUCCUAGCAUACACCGAAGAUAUUUCGAUAAGUUUUAUUUUGUAAAGUUCUUUUUUCCUCCAUCAAUACCAUACCAUUUGUAACGUGCAAUUUAAAGGAACUUGGUACUUUUUUAAGGUGCUCCUUAGAGUUUAGAAAGCUUACAUUAACCGUUCGAUGUCUUCCCCGAUCUGUGUGUACCUAUUUGUAAUAUAUAAAACAGAAUUCAAUAGUAUAUCUUACUUCUUCAAAAACAAUGUAGAAGGAAUUUUGAAAACUUAAUGUAUUUUUUAAAUAACGCCAUCAAGAAGUGAUAAGUGGUAUUUUGUAACUAAAGCAUAAAUAUUGAUGUUUAUCUAAAUAUCGUUGUAUGUAUUGAUGGAAGAUAUAAAUUUAAAUAUAUAUAUUUACGAAAAUAGAA